AUGCCACUCGGCACACAAUCCUCUCCCGGCCUGGACGUUUUUCUUUUCGAUGCGGCCUGCAAGAACAUUGCUUGGGGCUUGGGCGUUUUAACGUCCAUCUCAUCCGCGUUUCCGCCUAGUCUCAUCCGCACUAACAUUCUCGGCCCACAGAGACGGCCUCAUCAACGAGGAGCGAACAAGCUGGAAAUCCCACGUGGAGGCUCUCCACAAUUUCAUCCGCUUGCGCGGCUCAGACUCGUCGAACACCAUAUCCGUCAGCGCAGCUCAGGCUCCGAGGAUACCAAGGAGGCCGACUACGUCGAUGCAAUCGAAAAAGCCCAGAAACGCGUGAUCGAACUUGAAGAUCAGAUGAUUGAACUCGUGGAGAAGGCCGAGCAUCUCAUCGAACAGCUUAUGCGCUGCAUCGACGCGGUGAUCGCAAAUCAGGCAUCGGAUAAUUGA